UCCCCCCCGAGGUGCCGACCUUCUGCUCUCUGCCUCCUCCUUCCUCCCAGCAUGAGGCGUGUCUUUCUGGCCUGGGCUGGCUCAGCCGUCUUCCUGCUGGGACACUGGGUGGCUUCAGGGGAACCGGAGCCGACGGGAGAACCACUACAGCUUCAUAUCAUCAACUUUAAUUUUGAGACCGUGCAGGUUACAUGGAAUGCGAGUGAGCACCCUGGGACGAAUCUGACCUUCUUCUACAAAUUAAGGAGCAAUGAGAUGUACAGACAAUGUUCCAACUAUAUUUUUCAACAAGGUUAUACCAGCGGGUGCCUCCUUCUAGGAAACGAUGAAGUUCUACAUUUUUCCAUCCGGAAUGGAACAUACUCCCUUCUCACCAACAGUCUAUGGACCAGCACUUACCUGAAACCCAGGUCCCCAAGAGACCUGAGCUUCCAGUGGCACCAGGAAGCAGUGACGGUGGUGUGUCCUGACCUGCUGUACAAAGAUCUCCUCUAUGAAAUCCAGUAUAAGAGCACCUUUGACACCGAGUGGCAGUCCAAGGAGGCAAUGACCUGCAAUGUUACCAUUGACAAUUUGGAUGCUGAAAAGUGUUAUUUCAUCCGGGCCAGAAUAAAGACACUGGAGUCCAGCUACGGCUCUGACACGUACCCAAGUGACUGGUCAGCAGUGGUUCACCAGCAGAGGGGUCAGCUAAGAGAUUCAUGCCAGGAAAACAAGCUUUUCCCCAGUUUCGUUUUAAUUGCUGGCUUGGUCACACUCCUGACGGUGUCCCUUCUCCUCCUGUCUAUAUGGAAACUACAGAGAAUUAAGAAGGUGGUCAUGCCCAGCGUGCCGGACCCCAAAUUCACCUUCUCCGGGCUCUUUGAGUCUCAUCAGGGCAACUUCCAGGAGUGGAUCAGGGACACACAGAACGUGGCCCACUUGAACAAGGUGGAAGAUGGGGAGCAGGAGUGCAUCCUAGAAGAAGCUGUGGUGGUCCAGCCCGCCAAGACAGAGGCCGCGAUGCCCAAGACAACGGUGAUCAACCCCGUAUUCUCGCCGAUGGGGGAGGAAGAGGCUGCUGGGGACAUGGGCCAGCUCCCCUGUCAGCACCCCCAGGGCGGCGAGGUGGUGUCUCUUGGGGGUUUUACUUUUGUGAUGAGUGACAACGCAUACAUGAUGUUCUGAGGGGGUGCAAACUCAAAACUCACCAUCAGAAUAUAUUUUGAUGUGAUAAGACCUGGGAGAACAUCUCGGGGACUCAAAACCACUGUGAAGGGGACUCCCCAAAACCACUGUGAAGGGGACUCCCCAAAACCAAGGGUGCUAGUGUCUGGGGACACCCAACAGCCCAACCGCCCAAGCAAUGCACCAUGUGUCAGAUUUCAUACCCUCAUGUUGGUAUUCAAGGGCUUGAAGACGGCUUCUCUGUAGGCAGAAAUCAGCCGGACUGGGACUUGCUGUCAGCUCACAACUAGUCCUGGUUGUUGGGUUCAUGCAAAUUGUAAGAGAGGACAGCCAGGUGGGCUGCGACCACCUUCCUUCAUACACGCCCACCCUCCUGCCCUUUGGCCAUUUCCACUCAUGAGUGGUUCCUGGAUCUUUUGUUACGAGACACACAUUCCCAGCAGGUGAGGUGCACCACCCCCACACUCCCAGAGGGAAGGAAUCCUAACUCCAACCAGACCGCCAGCUCUCGCUUCGAAAGGGAAAAGACUCUUUUUUGCAACCACUGAGGCAUUUUGUUGAGCAGACUCCAUGGUAAUUCCCAAGUCCACACUCAGGCCAUCAUUCUGCGUCUAGGAGAUAUUUGAAUGUACAAACUGCUUGGACCCCUGAAGCAUCCCAACCCACCCCACCCCCACCUCCCACUGAGUGUGCAUUAUUAUU